AUGGCCGAGGAUUCGCCUUACGCGCCACGGUCGCCGGACCUGUCGUCGUUUUUGUCGGGCAGCCCCACCCAGGCCGAGCACCUCCAACACGGCCAGGCUGGAUAUAAAGUACAGCCUCCCGCCAACGCCGUUCCGAGCACCGCUUCCUCUCUCUAUAUCCCUCCUCCCUACGGCGCGCAUCGCCAGCAACCCCCCACGCCCACCAGCCAGCCCGUCUACGAGCAGUACUUCCCGCCCGUACUGCGACAGCCCGCGCACAGCUUCGACGCUCAAAACGCCGCACCUCCCGCGCCGUACCGGCUUGAGCAGCGGGUCUUCAGGCAGCCCCCGCGACCGUCCUCUCGAUACGAGCCGUACCACCACGACCCCAACCACGCACCCGGCCAGCCGUCGACGUCGUCUGCAGACAUGCCGCCGCGAAAGGUCGUGGUGCCUCCCCCUCCUGCGCCAGCCGUCGAGCCGUCGCCCGUCAGGACCAAAUUCCCCACGGCCCGCAUCAAGCGCAUCAUGCAGGCCGACGAGGAAGUCGGCAAGGUCGCCCAACAAACGCCCAUUGCCGUUGGCAAGGCUCUGGAGCUCUUUAUGAUCCAGUUAGUCACAAAGAGCGCAGAUGUUGCCAAGGACAAAGGCUCCAAACGAGUGACGGCGUCCAUGCUUAAGCAGGUGGUGGAGGCUGAUGAGCAGUGGGAUUUCCUGCGGGACAUUGUGGGCCGGGUCGAGAAUGAGAAGGAGGGCAGCAAGGCCAAGGCCAAGGACAGCGAAACGGACGAGGAGAUGGAGGAGCCCAAGAAGCGCGGCAGAGGUGGUCGUCGGAAGAAGGUGCAAUGA